AUGUCUCGCGCUCAGGUCAAGAAGUCUCCCGGCGGUGGUUGCGUCGUCAUGAAGUCCCCCGGCGGUGGCUGUGUCGUCAUGAAGUCCCCCGGCAACCUCGGCUGCAUCGGUGACCGUCUCCCCGAUGCUGCCAGCUGCUCCAUCCAACAGCGCUCUCCCGAACUCGGCUGUACCCUGAUGAAGUCUCCCGGCGGUGGCUGCGUUGUCAUGCGCUCCGCCCCCUUCUAA